GUUUUCGUUUACGAGUACGCAAGGCGAAGAUCUGUCAAUGGAUUCUCUAAACCUAGAGCUAUUCCAUUAGGCGACUUUCCUAUAGCAAGUGAAAUUGAUAGAGAAAGUGCAACAACUAAAGCAGUAAAUGUAGAAAAAGAUAUUGGGGGUGAUGGGUUUCCUUGCUUUGUAAAACCCAUGCUUCAUUCUCAUGUUAACCGUGGGUUUUGGUUGGGUCUCCCUGCUUAUUUUUGCAGGAAAUACUUGCCGAAACGCGAUGAAACAAUUACUCUUGUCGAUGAAGUUGGGGAAGAGUUCCCAACUAAUUAUCUUGCUCUGAAGAAUGGCUUAAGUGGUGGAUGGAUGUGGUUUGCACUAGCUCAUGAUCUAAUUGAUGGGGAUGCUUUAGUCUUUCAGUUAGUUGAACCUACAAAAUUCAAGAUUCGUAUAAUCCGGGCAAAUGGUUCACAGGACGAAAGAAAUGGCGAAGCGUCUUCUUAGUUGGUUUUGUCCCAUAUUCAGGGUAACUUUGUCUCUAUGUAUUAACCGGUAGUGUAACUAAUGGGUGUUGUGUAAAAGCCCUUUUGUUGACAUUAGCAGGAUAAAUGUUUGAU